UCCUCCAUUCACUUCUCCCUCCCCUCCCCCCUCUCACUUCCCCCUCCCCGCCGCCGCCGCCGCCGCCACCGCCGCCGCAAUCGCUGGCGCGGCGGCCCGCCGUUUCACCCCCACAGCCCCGCUCGCCCCGGGAAGCCACCGCAGCCGCCGUACGUGGCGAGGGGGGGGAGGCCUCCGCCCUCCAGCACCUCCACCGCCGUGAGCCCCCCACGCCCAGAUCCGCCGUCCACGACUGGGGGGGCGCUCCGCUUGGCCACCGGGCUGGAGCUUCGCUGGUAUCCCCUCUCGUUCGCUUGGUUAGGUGCCUUGAGGUGUUUGUUCUUGCAAGGGAGUUCUGCGAACAAGCUUAUGGCUCGUCGAUUACUUACGGCUACGAAAGGUUAAUUUGAUGGUGGAGUAACAGAUAGCCAGAAGGGCACCUCCCGUUGGUUGAAUUUUACGCAGCAAGAGAAUCUGGAGAUUGUUACUGGGAUGUAGAGGCUGCUCAGAGUUUUUCUGGAUUAGAGGUUUUUUUUGUCAGCGAUGGGGUCAUUGUGCUGCGUCGCGUCGAGGCCCCAUGGGGCCAGCACGGCUAGCCGGGAGUGGUCCUCGAUUGGGCGGAGCGAUCCGCUCUGGCGGACUAACGCUGGCUUUUCGCCGCCGCUGUCGAGGAGGUGGGAGUACCGCAUCAAUUCUGAGGGGCUGUCGUAUGGCUCCCAGGGUGACAGCGGGGCUGCUGCGCACUACGGUUCGUCGCUAUCCUCGAAUAGUAAAGAGCCUAGUAGGAGCUGGGAGAGGAGUGAUGUUCCACCGGAUCAUCAUCGUUACUCCACCUCGGAAGGUGCCAUUUCGUAUUUUAACAGUCCGGAUGUUACCUUCCAGAACCACCAUAUUAUGCUUCCUAUGCUGCAGGAUUCUGGCAUUGAUGAAUACAUGCGAGCACUGUUAUCUGUUGACAAUGCAUUGAUACUUGGAAUUUUAAUAUUGUCAAGCAUGGUGGCAAGUGGCAACUCAACAUUGUUUCAUUUCUCGGUGGCUGAGCCAAUUGGUGCAUUGUUAUUGUCAGAGGGGAUAUCUGGACAGCAAAACAGUGGUGGUUCCACUUCCUCUCGCUCUGAUGGAAGUGAAUAUGAUAUUGUACCAAAAUCAUAUUCCUCUACCCCACGCAACUUCCCAAGUCGUCGAUCAUUCCUGUCAAAGCCAAUCCAUCCGCUCUCGUUUCCAGAGCAUGCACUAGAAGGGCAAGAAACUGAUAGCCCUGUUGCCAAUGCAAGCACCAGCAGUCCUAUGCCCUCGGAGUUCAAGGCAAUAGGGGAGAUCCGCCCGUCAGGUCUGAUGGACUACGCCUACGCCAGUGGCAGUCAUGGGGAGUCAGCAAACUGGAGUGCCGCAAGUAGCAUGGAUCUUACCGAUUUAUCAGAACGACAUGAUGCUGAACGCUCUGGACCACUGCGUUCCAAUAACAUAAUGGAUAGAACAAGGUGCGACCUUUGCGAGAGGCUCUUGUCCAAGAGAUCGCCCUGGGGCUCCCGCCGAAUCGUCCGUACUGGAGAUCUGCCUGUUGCUGGUGUGCUUCCCUGCUGCCAUGUCUACCAUGCCGAGUGCUUGGAGCGAACCACUCCCAAGGGGCAGAAGCAUGACCCUCCUUGCCCUGCCUGCGAUAGGCUGUCCGGCAAAGACACCGAGCAGUGGUCGAUCUGCAGGCUAAGAAACGGAUUCCCGAGGCUAAGGUCACUUGGGGAAGGCCCUUCCAGGGUCUGGAGCUGUGCCCAAGCUGGAGACUGCGUGGCUGGCGCUGUCCAGAUACCAAGAGCAAGCAGCAUCUCUCUGCUGAGCCGGAGUGGCCACAAGAGGCAUCAUGCUGCUUCCAAGGGAGAAUCCGGCAAAGACUGGGCUGAGACAUCAUCAUCAUCAAGAACUGCCUGCAUGUAGCGUUGUAGCUUAGCUCAACGCAUGUUUGCUUUGCUAAACCUGAUGAUCGAUUUACCUUGCAUUGCAUUGCAUUGUCUCUUGUUGAUGUGGAUGCAAAAAGGCUUGAUGUGUAUCAGAUGCAGAUGUUGCCAUGGGAUUAAAGUUAACUGGUCCGGCUAGGAGAAAUGACAUAGAUGUGCCUAUGUAGCUGAUGACUGAAAUUUACCCCCCACCCCCCUUAUUUUAUAUACCAAAUAUGAGGGCUGUAACCUUGUUCAUAAAGGUUGUCGAUCUUUACAUAUCCAUUAAAUUCUUUGUGACAUUCCA